AUGGAGACGCCGGAACUUCGGGGGGCCCUGGCUCUUCUCCUCCUUUGCUCUUUUGCAUCUGCCAGUCAGGACCUGCAGGUAAUUGACCUGCUGACUGUGGGCGAGUCCCGGCAGAUGGUAGCUGUGGCAGAGAAGAUCCGGACAGCCCUGCUCACUGCUGGGGACAUCUACGUCUUGUCCACCUUCCGCCUGCCCCCCAAGCAGGGUGGUGUCCUCUUUGGCCUCUACUCUCGUCAAGACAACACACGAUGGCUGGAGGCCUCUGUUGUGGGCAAGAUCAACAAAGUACUGGUGCGGUAUCAGCGGGAGGAUGGCAAAGUCCACGCAGUGAACCUACAGCAAGCAGGCCUGGCUGAUGGGCGCACACACACAGCUCUCCUGCGACUUCGAGGUCCGUCCCGACCCAGCCCUGCCCUGCAGCUCUAUGUGGACUGCAAAUUGGGUGACCAACAUGCUGGACUUCCAGCACUGGCCCCCAUUCCUCCAGCAGAGGUUGAUGGGCUGGAGAUUAGGACUGGACAGAAGGCUUAUUUGAGGAUGCAGGUGAGCAGAGAGGACCCUCUGAGUUUCUGUAGAAACAGAGUUUACACCAUUGGGGGAGGAGUUGAUAGAUCCUCCCACCUUACUCUGCUGCUAUCCCCCCAGGGCUUUGUGGAAUCUAUGAAAAUUAUUCUUGGCGGGUCCAUGGCCCGGGUAGGAGCCCUGAGUGAGUGUCCAUUCCAAGGGGACGAGUCCAUCCACAGUACAGUGACCAAUGCACUGCACUCCAUCCUAGGGGAGCAGACCAAGGCGCUUGUCACGCAACUCACCCUCUUCAACCAGAUCCUGGUGGAGCUGCGGGAUGAUAUCCGAGACCAGGUGAAGGAAAUGUCCCUGAUCCGAAACACCAUCAUGGAGUGUCAGGUGUGCGGUUUCCACGAGCAGCGUUCCCACUGCAGCCCCAACCCCUGCUUCCGAGGAGUGGACUGCAUGGAAGUGUACGAGUACCCCGGCUACCGCUGUGGGCCCUGCCCCCCAGGCCUGCAGGGCAAUGGCACCCACUGCAGUGACAUCAAUGAGUGUGCUCAUGCUGACCCCUGUUUCCCGGGCUCCAGCUGCAUCAACACCAUGCCCGGCUUCCACUGUGAGGCCUGUCCUCGAGGGUACAAGGGCACACAGGUGUCUGGUGUGGGCAUCGACUAUGCCCGGGCCAGCAAACAGGUCUGCAACGACAUUGAUGAAUGCAAUGAUGGUAACAAUGGUGGCUGUGACCCAAACUCCAUCUGCACCAACACUGUGGGCUCUUUCAAGUGUGGUCCAUGCCGCCUGGGUUUCCUGGGCAACCAGAGCCAGGGCUGCUUCCCAGCCCAGACCUGCCACAGCCCAGCCCACAGCCCCUGCCACAUCCAUGCUCACUGUCUCUUUGAACGCAACGGUGCAGUAUCCUGCCAGUGUAACGUGGGCUGGGCAGGAAACGGGAACGUAUGUGGGCCUGACACAGACAUCGACGGCUACCCAGACCAGGCACUACCCUGCAUGGAUAACAAUAAACACUGCAAGCAGGACAACUGCCUUUUGACACCCAACUCUGGGCAGGAAGAUGCUGAUAAUGAUGGUGUGGGGGACCAGUGUGAUGAUGAUGCUGAUGGGGAUGGGAUCAAGAAUGUUGAGGACAACUGCCGGCUAUUCCCCAAUAAAGACCAGCAGAACUCAGAUACAGAUUCAUUUGGUGAUGCCUGUGACAAUUGCCCUAACGUUCCCAACAAUGACCAGAAGGACACAGAUGGCAAUGGAGAAGGAGAUGCCUGUGACAACGACGUGGAUGGGGAUGGCAUCCCCAAUGGAUUGGACAAUUGCCCUAAAGUCCCCAACCCACUACAGACAGACAGGGAUGAGGAUGGAGUGGGAGAUGCUUGUGACAGCUGCCCUGAAAUGAGCAAUCCUACCCAGACAGAUGCAGACAGCGACCUGGUAGGGGAUAUCUGUGACACCAACGAAGACAGCGAUGGGGAUGGGCAUCAGGACACCAAGGACAACUGCCCACAGCUGCCGAAUAGCUCCCAGCUGGACUCAGACAAUGAUGGACUUGGAGAUGAGUGUGAUGGGGAUGAUGACAAUGAUGGUGUCCCAGAUUAUGUGCCUCCUGGUCCUGAUAACUGUCGCUUGGUACCCAAUCCCAAUCAGAAAGACUCAGAUGGCAAUGGUGUUGGUGAUGUGUGUGAGGACGACUUUGACAAUGAUGCAGUGGUCGACCCCCUGGAUGUGUGUCCCGAAAGUGCAGAGGUAACCCUCACGGAUUUUCGGGCCUAUCAGACUGUCGUCCUGGAUCCUGAGGGUGAUGCUCAGAUUGACCCAAACUGGGUUGUGCUCAACCAGGGCAUGGAAAUUGUUCAGACCAUGAACAGUGACCCCGGCCUAGCAGUUGGAUACACAGCCUUCAAUGGUGUGGACUUUGAAGGCACCUUCCACGUGAACACAGUGACUGAUGAUGACUAUGCAGGCUUUCUCUUCAGUUAUCAGGACAGCGGCCGCUUCUACGUGGUCAUGUGGAAGCAGACGGAACAGACCUACUGGCAGGCCACACCUUUCCGGGCUGUUGCCCAGCCUGGGCUACAGCUCAAGGCAGUGACAUCAGUGUCUGGCCCAGGCGAACAACUCCGGAAUGCCUUGUGGCAUACUGGCCACACCCCUGAUCAGGUACGAUUGCUGUGGACUGACCCACGAAACGUGGGCUGGCGUGACAAGACCUCCUAUCGUUGGCAGCUGCUGCAUCGACCUCAAGUUGGCUACAUUCGGGUGAAGCUCUAUGAAGGUCCCCAGCUAGUGGCAGAUUCUGGGGUGAUCAUUGACACUUCCAUGCGAGGGGGGCGUCUUGGUGUAUUCUGCUUCUCCCAAGAGAACAUCAUUUGGUCCAAUCUCCAGUAUCGAUGCAAUGACACAGUACCGGAGGACUUUGAGCCAUUCCGGAGGCAGCUGCUCCAAGGAAGGGUGUGAGGAGGUGGACACCAGAUUCAGAAUCCUGAUUUGAAACCCUUUGGCCUUGGGGUCCGUCCUGGAGACCCUGGGGUCUAAGCUCCAGCCCCUCAGCCAAACACAGACCCUCCUCUGGCACCCGUCAGGAGUUUAGCCCCACAGGGGUUGUGACCCCACUGUUCAGGGGAUGGGACGUUUUCAAGGGGUAUAACUCAGGCACUAACCCCAGGAACAAUACCAGUACGUUGCCAUAAAGUUCCAGUUGUUUUCUAA